AAACAAAUCAUUUUGACAAGUGUUUAAUGGUUUUAAGAAGUUUCGCUUUCACCAGUCGAAGAUGGGCCGAAAGAGGGGGUCAAACACUAUUAACUAAUUCACUUGAAAUUCAUCCAAAACUCAAUGUGCGUUUAAAAGUUUAGUAUUGCAGUUAAUUCGAUAAUAAGAAAAACAAAGAACAAUGAUUGAUCCGGCUGAUAUGAAAAUAGCGGUUUCGACGGCCGCUGUGCCGUAUGUACUGCGUAAUUUUCAAUUGGAUUGGGAUAUAUUUCAAUUGAGCAUUGAUGAAUGGUGCCAAAAAAUGCAUGAACAUACACGAUCAGAAGCAGUUCAGUUCACCAGCGGAACGAUGAAACAUUGUGAUACACCGUAUUGGGAACGAUUUCGAACACAUGAACAACUGACGUUCCAAGAAUUUGCCAAGAAAUCCAAAGAAGACAAUGCAUUCAAAGAUCGAUGGUAUUCUCACAGCUAUCGCGACAUCGUGGUGUGGCCCGACACUCUAAAAAAAUCAAUAUCAUUUGCAAAAUUUGGAUUCGAAAAUGCCAAUGAUAUUCUAUUUUGGCUUGGUUCACCAGGUGCAAAUACUCCAUGUCACUAUGACACGUAUGGCUUUAAUAUUGUGGUCCAAGUUUUCGGAAGGAAAUCGUGGCUACUAUUUCCACCAAGCACACCCUUGACACCAACUCGUGUACCAUUCGAAGAAUCGAGCGUUUACUGUACACAGAACUUUUAUAGUCCGGAUAGAAUGGAACAAUUUGGAGAUGUGGGUAAAAAUCGGGAUGCAUUCGAGGUCAUUUUGAAUCCAGGCGAUGUUUUAAUCGUACCGGCGCAUUGGUGGCAUUAUGUGGAGAACUUGGACACGAGCUUGACUGUGAAUACAUGGAUUCCAUUGGAUGCCAAAGACUGUUUGGCUCGUCUUGGAGAAUGCUUUAUACGAAUGCAAAUCGAUCAGAUAACUGCAGACGAUUCUGAUUUUAUCGCCGGCGAGCUUAGAAACUAUAUUUAUAAUCCAAAUGAAAUGAAUGAGCCAGAUUUAAAUCUAAUGAAUUUAUUUAAGCCAUUAGCCGAUGUAGUGAUAGAGAAUACAAAAAAUGGUGAUCCACUUGAUUCGCAUGAAAGUCAACAGUGUGGUCGAACAGUUCGUGAUAAAUUUUUGAAUGUUUUUUGUAAAUUAGAGCCAGUAAGUCACGAUAGAUUUAGACAGAUUCUAUUACAGAAUUCGAUACGAUACAAUCACUCAUUCGAUGGCCGAAGACUCAGUGGAAGCAAGUUUAAAGAGGUAGAGAAUAUUAUAAACGCUGUUUGUCAUCCAAAAACUGUAACAAGUGCUUGUCAGUUGUAUGUGCAGCAGGUUCGCAAUCAAAAUAGUUAAAAAAAUAAACAUUUGUUUCAACAAUCAACAUGCAGUGAAAUAAAAUACGCUUUUUUAAUGGUA